GGUACGUGUAUUACAACGGCAACGCCCACAAAAGACCCCUUGGACCUGUCAGCUCCUCUGUGUCACCAAGCAGACAUAAUAACUUACCAACAAAGCAGAGUAAGCCAAGUGCCUCUGCAUGACACCACCAGCUAAUAACACACAAGAAAACAUAAUUUAGACUAGAGCUCUGUUUCUUGAGAAGCUGGGAUUUGAAGGAGCUUUUCUGAGAUCUGUGCUGCUAGUAAGUGACUGAUAACAUUAUAGACUGGAUCGGUCCCUGAGUUCAGAGACUGAGUUGCAAUUAAGUGAAAAAUAGACAACGAAAUCUACAAGAAUUGCACAAGGUGCAAGCCAGAUUUAGCACUCUUCAAGUAAUAUUGUUUGGACUGAGAAAUUGUUAAAGCAGACCUGUAAGAGGACUGGUUAUUUGGGUGUUUCUCGUUGUCAUUGUUGCCUUUUGCUAUUACAUUGCUUUCUGUGUUGUCUUAAGCCCAGAUGUUCUCAGAUAAUUCACAUUGCCCUGACUGUGGACAACAGUGGUUUCCUAGUUUAGAACUAGGCCAUUGGUUGUACCAAACUGAACUUGUUGAAAAUGAAUGUUACCAAGUAUUCUUAGACCGUAUUAACAGAGCUGAUUAUUGUCCUGAAUGCUAUCCUGAUAAUCCUGCUAAUAGAAGCCUUGUUCUUCCAUGGUCUUUUCCACUUGAGUGGGCUCCCCAAAACCUUACCAGGUGGACCUUUGAGAAAGCUUGCCACCCAUUUCUUCUGGGUCCUCCACUGGUUAGAAAAAGGAUACAUGACUCUAGAGUAGCUGGUUUUAACCCUGCAUUACAGUUAAUCUUGACCAGAACAGACAAAACCUUAAACAAAAAACUUGGCCAAAACAAAUAACUUUUAAAUAGUUAAAAUCACGGAGAUUGUGCAGGGUUUUGUAUGAGUAGCCCAAGGAAGGUGGAAAACGACUCCUUUCUAAAUCUGAUCCAGACUGUCCCUACUUUGGGGAACUUUUUAAAUUGUUGGAUCUGCUUAAACCAGUCUACGCAUAAUUUGUUCAGCAUGUAUUUAAUCAGUAUUACAGCCAGACUGUUCAUCUAGAACCAGACUAAUCCAUGUUCCCUGUGUUUUGGAAUUAACUUAUGCUCCCUAAGAAGCUCCACAGCCUAAUCACUGACAUAUGGCAAGGUAGUCCUGGAGGAGAAGCCCCUUACUAUGUGUACAAAAUGAUAUUUCUAGUGACAGUUUUGUGGGAUAGCAUUCUUGUAUCUGGAUUCUAAAUUAAUAAAACAACUAGAUAUUAUAAUAAGAAACUACACUGUUUUAAAUUCUACCUCUUAUACAUCAGUGAUAAUUACAUAUAUAUAAAAUGUAUUCAUACAUAACUGCUUAUUCAUCAUUAGCUCUAUUUGGCCCAUCCUCAGUGUGGCUUUGAUAUUAUCAAUAACUGAUCACUGUCAGAAAUCACAUUCUGUUGGGCAACACAGGAUACACAAAAACAUGCAGUGGUGUCACAUUCUACACUUACGUGGCUCUACAUAUGCAAAAGCUGUCAUCUCUUUGUGGUGAUGGAAGUUAGAUUGUCCACCCCUGAAAAUGGAAAAGUACCUGUACUAUUGAAAUCAGUGACAAAAGGAGUUAUCAAGUUUGACCCAUAUAUAUUAUAAACAGUCUAGGGGAAGCAUCUUUCUUAGAAUUAAGAAGGUGUUGUUGGACAUUGGCCACAUUUUGGCCUUCAUGUAUUCAUGAGAAUGACAGAACCAGAGUUUAGGUUAAGAAACUUAGAAAAAGCUAUUGAAAACAUCUCAAGUUUUAAAUUCCACUUAAGAUGCUAGAUAAUCCAGUGCUGUGUAGCAACUCAGCAGUGUUCUCAAGGUCCCAGUUCUUUCUGUCCUUCCCUCUGGGAUCCUUGUGUUGGCUUCUUGUCCUCAUAGUUGUUACUUCAGUGAGUACAGUGUGGCUUGUUUGCUGCUCCAGACAUUUCACUCCCAAUUGAAAGACUGGAAGUAGGGAGCAAAAAGCUUUCUCUUUUCAAGUCUGUUUUUUGUUUAGGAAGCAAAUCUUUCUCAAAAGUCCCUCACAGAUUUCUUACAUCUCAUGAGAAGGUGCUGGUUUACAAGGUAGCCUGGGAAACCUUGCAAAGGGGAAUGGGGUUGACAUUGCCUGAGUAGGGCACAUUGUCUCCCCUAAUAAAAUCAGGGCUCUUGUAGGAAGGAAGAUUGGAGGAAUGAACAGCUAUUGGUAUGCAAUGAAUCAUGCCUGCCACAUGUUGUGAAACCUAAAGUUAUUUGUUAGUCUGUAUAAAGAAUGUACCCCAGAGAUCUACUCUGUAUCUGCCUUAUGUCUGUCAUGAUGGAGGUUCUCUUCUGUUAUAUUGCUGAAUAAACUGUGUGGACUGCUAAAUUGA